CUGACUUCCGACUCCGGAGCUCUAAGUAGAACAGCAAAAGUCAACCAGCAGCAAGCAGCAAGAUGCGCGCCUUCGUCGUCCUGUGCCUCGUGGCCCUCGCCUCCGCCGACAAGCUCGGCUACAACUACAAGCCGGUGGGCCACUCCAGCUCCGGCCUGUCCUUCGCUCCUGGCAGCGGCUCCGUGGGUCUCGGCGGAGGCAGCGGAUCCCUCAGCCUGGGAGGCGGCAGUGGCUCCCUGGGACUGGGAGGCAGCAGCGGAUCCUUGAGCCUGGGAGGCGGCAGCAACUUCGGCAGCCUGGACAGCGGUCUCGGCGGUGGUUCCCUCGGUCUGGGAUCCUCUGGACUGGGAUCCUCCGGUCUGGGCUCCUCCGGUCUGGGCUCCUCCGGUCUGGGAUCUGUUGGUCUGGGAUCCUCCGGUCUGGGAUCCUCUGGUCUCAGUGCCCCCGUCUCCUACAACGCCCCCGCUCCCGCUGCUGAGCUCGAGAAGGAGUUCUUCACCUUCACCGCCAACGAGGAGGACUUCGAUCAGCCCCAGGAACUCGAGCGCGUUGCCAGCUCCGUGAACAAGGGACUUCGUGUUGUCUUCAUCAAGGGACCCGAGAACCGUGGCCUGGAGAACGCCGCCCUGGCUCUGGCCAAGCAGGCUGCCCAGCAGGAGACCGCCAUCUAUGUCCUCAACAAGCAGGCUGACAUUGGAGAGCUCGCCCAGAAGCUGAACGCCAUCCGCAGCAACUCGAACAACAAGCCCGAGGUGCACUUCGUCAAGUACAGGACUCCCGAGGAUGCUGCCAACGCCCAGCGCGCCAUCCAGUCGCAGUACGACCAGCUGGGAGGAUCCUCCCAGGCUCAUGAUGGUGGUGUUGCCUCCGCCCUGAACUUCGCCUCCGCAGGACCCGUGCGCCAGGCUCAGGCCCAGAUCCCCGAGAACUCCUACCUGCCCUCGUCGGUGCUGAGUCGUCUGCGUUACCGCCACUAGGAAGUGCCAUAGCUCGCAGCUACUCCCCUUGUUGACUUUUGUGUUAUCUAUUGAUUUGUCGAACGAACCCUCAAAUACAAUUCUUUUUACAUCUA